GAGACCCUGCCUUCACUGCCUCCUCUCAGGGGUCCGCGCGCCGCUCACCCCAGGCUUAGCCCAGGAAGGGGGGGGGGGCGCCGUAGUCCUUUGUCCCAGAUAUUCUGGCAGGUCGGUGCCACCAGCCUCACUCAAUGCUUAGAGCGGGAAGACAAGCGUUCUCGUCCUCAGAUCAGCGCCAAGUCGUGGGCUCGGGAGCGGAAUGUUCCCACUGAUUGCGACCACGCAGAGGUGCCUCGGCGACAGGAAGGAGCCCCUUCCCGCGGGGGUGGUCGGGCAGCCACUAAAGGGACUGCACGCUCGCGCCGGACCGGCCGAGAGCGCGGAGAGGUUUUCAUUUAGGAGUUAGAAAUGGAGUCGUCAUAUCUUCAAAAGCACCUUGGAAUGUGUCUAACUCUAGGUCUUGCAGAAGUAGCAAGAGUUCGCCCAGCGGAUCCAAUAGAAUAUUUAGCAUUGUGGAUUUACAAGUAUAAGGAAAAUUUAACCAUGGAACAACUGAGGCAACAAGAAAUGGUGGACUUGGAGCAUGAAAGAGAAUUGGCUCGGAGGGAGCAGGAAAUUAUGGAGCGGCUCAAGGCAGAGGAGCUCUUGUUGCAGCAGCAACAACUGGCAUUACAAAUGGAGUUGGAAAUGCAAAAAAAAGAGAAAGAGAGACUAGAAGAACUUCAGAGAACUCAAGAACAAUUAGAGAAGGAGAUGAGAACAAGUGUGGAAAGUAUGCCUAAGAGUGAGGAUACUUUUUAUUCAGAGGAAGGAUUUCUAGACACAAGCAAAACACUUGCUGAAAUUAGUGAUAGAUAUGGAGCACCUAACUUGAGCAGAGUAGAAGAACUUGAUGAAUCAAUGUUUUCUGAUGUCGCAUUAAACAUUGAUCAAGAUUUGCAGGAUCAAUAA